AUAUCGAACUGUUAUGAAACUAUAAUAAAUAGCAUACUAUUACACCAAAUACUGGCGAAUGUAUUUGAAACGGGUCAUUUAUCAAACGGUUCAAAAAGCAUGGUUUACAGUACACGUACACUGAGAUUGUUUAAGGAUAGUUCAAAUAUCCACAUUGUUUGAAAGCAUUCUACAUACAUAUUUAUUUAACAGAUUCGUUAUACUAUAUAUAGUUAACGUAUAUUGGAUUAUAUUGAAAGAAAGUCUGUGAAAACGGAAUAAUUUUAGCAAUCGAUUGUCAUUCCUACACGGAAUAAUUCUUGGCAGAAUAGAUAGAAAUAAAUGUUUGACGUCAUUUUAGGUGUGAGGGAAAACUACGCGUAUUGGUAGACAAUGGGGAAAGGUGAGCACGAAGAAUCAAAUGGUUAUUCCAGCGUGUAUAUUGUUGGUGAUAUUGAUCACGGCAACAGGUUUGUAAACACGGACUUACCACAUAAUAAAGUGAGACCUGAGCGAAUGGACGCACGAGAUACCAGUGCAGAUGAGGAGCCAAUGAGCGCCGACCAUGCGCAGGCGUUGCAGAGGUUGAAGGAUAGGAGGGAGAGAGAGCCUUUAUUCUACUGUAAGAUUGUUACAAGAUGGCCGCUACAAUCUUUCUUGGUGACAUUAGGGGGCCAUAUCUUGAUGAUUCUGAUAUCAAUUAUACUAGUGGGUUCUGGGUAUGACCUACUUCCGGUAGACUUUGAAAAUCUACCGCUUGAGAUCAACGAUCAGCCGUGGAGACCAAGGGAUCUUGCCUGGACAUACAGAAAUGAAUUUGACACAUAUUAUGACCGGACACCGAUAACUGGAUACCGUGUUAAAUCAUACAUUCGGGCUAAUUUUGACCUUUACUACGAUGCUGACAACGGAAAUAUUUUCACUAAAGAACGAUUACAGAAAAUACAAAACGUGGAAGAUUCACUCACCUCAGUAAGCGAAUACCAGAACAAAUACUGUCAGCUUAAUUCAAGUCUUACCGGAUGUCAGAAGCCAAUUUCUGUAAUACGGUAUUUUGACGGAACAUUUUCCAGCGUUAACGCGGUGUUUGAUGAUCCAAAUUUCGACAAUAUAGUGGCGGUUUUAUACGAAGCAUAUACAAACAAUGCAACCAGAGCAAACUUCCUGUUUUUUCUCGGAAAAUCUCAUGAGAUCACAUCAACAAAAGCUUAUUCUUCAAUUACUAGAUCGAUUGUACCUAUGGGCUAUCCCCUUCAGGGUUACGCAGACGACGAAGAUUAUGAAAAAUUGAUGAGGUCAUUUUCUGUCAAACAUAUGAAACCAACUCUCGUGUAUGUUCGCGAGAACUAUGACGAGUUUGAUUUUAGUUACAGAUCCGACAUGAUUUGGUUGGAAGACGUCUUUGACCAGGCAAUGAAAGAUGUAUUCUGUGCAUUUGGAAGCAUAUGCUUCAUAUUUUGUUUAAUACUGAUCCAUACCCGAUCUCUCUGGAUCACAGGCUUUGCGAUCUUUAGCAUUUUGUCGUGUUUUGUAAUAACGAAUCUCAUUUAUAGAAUUGUCCUCGACUUUCACUACAUUGGAUUUUUUCACGUGCUGACUUUGUUCAUUGUACUGGGGAUUGGAGCAGACGAUAUUUUCGUAUUUUAUGACGUUUGGAGAAAUACAGCAUAUGAAGCAUACCCAAGUCUUGCCCACAGAUUGUCCGACUCUUAUAGAAAGUCAGUAUUCAGCAUGUUAUUUACGUCUAUUACAACGUCAGUUGCGUUCUUUGCGAGUGCUAUAUCACCACUUCUAGCCACGAGAUCGUUUGGUGUAUUUUCUGGCCUCGUAAUCAUGGUCAACUACCUUUCCGUAAUCUUGUACUUUCCAACAGUUGUGAUAAUGUAUCACACAAAGUUUGAGAAGUUUAAAUGGCCAUGUUUUGUGUUUUGCAAGAGAUUAUAUCGUGAAAAUUGCACAUGCUGCACAACGGAAAGUAACGAUUCAUAUUCGAACAAAAGACGGAAAGAUACCGUUUUGAAUUCAAAAUUUAGUGACAAAAAUGGUACUGUUUUAAAUAGUAAAACAUCCAAUGGCAUUCAGUCAAGUGAAAGCCCUAGUAUCGCUAAUGGAAAUGUACAAGUUAGCAUUAAAGAAAAUAGAAACUCGUUUACUACGCAGAUCAGCAUUAAUAAUACCGAAAGUUUUGAAAAGGCCGAGAAUGGCUUUGUGAAUAACGCUUUUGAAGUUGACGAGUCUAAAAAUGUUCCUAUCACGAAUAAAGAUGCAACUGACAAAACAGAUGGUGAUGAAAGAAAAACUGUUCCAAAAAAGCGGAAAGAAAAAUCCAUCAUGGUACGUUUCUUCAGGGAUAAAUAUUCAAAGUUUGUGACACACAAGAUUAUGAGAUUUGGUAUCCUCGCUGUCAUGGCAACCGUUCUUAUCUUUUUCACGGUGCAGGCCUCAAGAUUGGAACCAGAUGACGAAGGGUUGAAAGUUCUCAAGGACAGCCAUGUAUACAGCCAAGCAGAAAAGCAUGCAUCAAGCUCUUUUGUACUCAGUAACGCCGACAGAACUUUGAUUUUAUACAUUGUUUGGGGCAUGCACCCGAACGACAUGAGUGACUGCCAUUUUUCAACGCCAAAGUGCCGGGGGAAAAAGGAUUGGGACUCUACAUUCGAUCCAAGUACACCGGAGGCACAAACAGCCGUACAGAAUAUGUGCAACACUAUGUUCAACUGGACCCCUGACCAAGCCAGGCAGUAUCGUGUUCGGUCAGACACUAUUACAGGAGACUAUCAGAUCAACUGUUACAUUCAGAACCUGGAUACAUUCUUAAAGGAGGAGACAGCGAGUACUGGGACAGACUGGGACCUCACAUACGACUAUACGAAGACACUGGCCUUCAUGAAUGCGAGAACUACUUAUUACGACACUUCCGGUUUUACAUCGGACUACGAUCAUCACCUCGAGGUUCCAAUUUCGUAUUGGUUAUCAAACAAAUACAGUUAUAAUUACACUGAAGAUUUCUACCUUUUUGAUGAACUGAUUGGUGAAUCGACGGGAGAUUUCUCAACCGCUCUAAAAACAGACUCAUCGCGAAAGUAUGGAAACGAUCUAAGAUACAUUGCAAUACAAAUUAACACGACGAUAAAACUGCCACUUGGUUAUGCAGAGGGACUACCAAUAAUGAACCGAUGGGAAGAUUUCGUUAAUAACGAGAUGACCAAAAUGCCAAACGGCAUGAAGAAUGGUUUCCAGACAACCAGGAUGAUUUGGCACUGGCUCAUAGUAUCAGAGAUGCUUGCAAAGAACGCCGUUUAUGGUAUCAUUAUUGGUGUAUCGCUAGCGUUACCUAUACUUAUCAUAGCAACAAGGAACAUAAUCACUGGCUGCCUAGCAACGUUUACCAUGUGUUGCAGUACAGUUUGUGUAAUCGGAGUUAUUCCCCUUGGAGGAUGGAAACUAGGUGUAUUGGAGUCUCUAAAUAUGUGCAUGGUGGUAGGCCUCACAGUUGAUUACGUCGUCCAUCUUGCCGAAGGAUAUACACUGUCUCUUCAUAAAGACCGAUUUUCACGUGUACGUGAUAUGCUCGACGAAAUGGCAGUUUCUGUAUUCUUUGGCGCAAUCACGACGCUGGGUGCGUCUUGCUUUAUGUUUAUUGCACAGUUAUCGUUCUUUUUGCAGUUUGGAAUUUUUAUGUUUUCAACGAUAGGCUUUUCUUUGUUCUUUUCAAUGGGUAUGUUCGUGACAUUAAUGGGUAUGUUUGGCCCUCAAGGUGACACUGGAAAUCUUGUCGUUCUUUUUCAAAAGUUAAACAAGUGGUGCAAAAGCAAAAGAGGUGGAGAGUUACCUCCCUCAGAAAGUCGUGCGCAAUUAGCACCCGGAAAUAUGCCGUCACAGGGUAGUCAAGCCACUUUGGCAUCUGUUUACAUUCCUGCAAACAGCGCGUGAACAAAAUUUAUUCUGAACUAACGAAACAUGUGAAAGAAACGAAUCUUAUGGAAAUCAGCGCUGCAAUUAGAAAAGUGCUGUGUACUAUUCUGACGCUAGAAUAUGUAGAUGGAAGCGAGGCUCACGUGCAUGCAGGGUGAUAACUGUUGUUACAUAGUGAUAGUUGUUAUAAAUACGAAGUGUAAUAUUUUUUUUAUCGUUUUUUAUUUGUACAAUGUGCUGCCUUUUAGAAUUCAUGUUCAGCAUGUAACAGACUUUCAUGUCAUUUUAUCGCGCUUUGAGUAAGAUAUAUUUUACUCUACUGUUUAAUUGAAUGUUAAACUAUUUGUUUUAGGAAAGUUGAUACAAAUAGCUUUGCCUUUUUCUACAUCCUAGGCCAUGUAUAAUACUAAAAACUAAAUAGUAUAUCCUUAUAGUAAGCAUUUACUUGAUAAAUGAUGCAUUAAAUCGUUCAUUUACCCAUUCAUGUUAUCAUCGUUCUAAAGAAUUAAUGACUACGAAAAAUUCUUCUAGAUUUGCGACUUUCAGUAAUACAUAGACAAAACAAUUUGUGUAGAAGUGUUCAAGUGUUAACAUUUUUAAAGUUUUUUUGACCAAAUGUACGUUCAGUUUUUAAAAAAAAAAUCUAAUAUGGAAAGUCUUCGCGGUUUUUACACAUUAUUACAACAAAUGCCAUGGUUGUCUUAUGCUCUAUGAUUCUAUUCACACCAAGAAUCUCAUUUUUCUAUAUAAACCAGAUAUAUUUAAAUGUUUUAAAAGAAAGUUACGUAGUUGUUUUAACAUUAUUCUGUGUUUGGGUUUUAACAUUUUUAUUCGUUUCCAUUUAUCUGGUUUUAUUAUUCUUUUGUAUUUAUUCUAGACAUUGUUGUCAUUUUAGACAUGUGAGUUAUGACCACAUUUGCUAAACUGUUUCUACUGCUUAAUGCUUAAUUGCUUCGUAUACUUUGUCUUUUUUGUCUUUGUCAAUAUUAGUUAUUCAAAUACAAGCGUCCCUGUGCAUUACUAUUUAGCUAUUUGUCUACUGCUAUAGCUAUUUAAUUAAGCAGAAGUCAUUUUUUGCAGACGACUUGUUCAUCAGAAUAUUUUAGAAUGUAAUGCCUCUGUUUUAUUAACUAUGUUUUAGAACAUUGUAAACGUAUUAUCUCAAAAGGGAUUACCUUAGAAGACAUUUUUGCAAACGACUUGGUCAUCAGAAUAUUUUAGAAUGUAUUGCCUCUCUUUUAUCAACCAUAUAUAUUUAAUUACGUUUUAGAACAUUGUUAACCUAUUAUUCUCAAUAGGGAAAUGCAUUUUACUACGAAAAUCAGCAAACGAUAUAUCCAGUUAUUGAAAUGUCGUCUGCAAAAUAACAUUUUUUUUUCCUUUUAGAGAAUAUAUAUAUGCCUACAAAUCUUACUUGAUGCUUCAUAAACAAUGCAAAUUUAUAUUUAUAAUAUUGUUUUAUAUGUACAUAUUUGAAUGUGUUAUUGUUACUACUUGUUGAAUUUUAUGACAUUUUAUCAAAAAUCAAAUAAAUCCGGAAUUGAAUAUA